AGACUUGAAUGUCAACAUCAAAACAGGAAUAUCAAAAUGUCAGUAUUGUUACAAACAUUUUUGUUAAAUUUAGUUUGUUAAUGUGGGCUGUAGGGGCUUCUGCCCACGUCACUUGCCAACAGAAACCCAAUGCGAUAUCGGGGACGGUAUAAGAAAGUGCACAGGAUUCUCAGCCGGUGGCACAGUGCAGCUUUCAGUAAGAAAUACCUUCUUUUUACGAACCUUGGUAUCUCGAUUGGUUUAAGCAUGCUGGGUGACACCAUGGAACAAUCAUAUGAACGCUAUACUGAGCAGAUCCACGGCUGGGAUCGCACGCGUACUUUGCGAAUGGGCAUCUCUGGCUUCACUGUGGGCAUUGUUUGUCAUUACUGGUAUCACUAUCUGGACUACUAUUACCCCAAGCGAACUUUUGGUACGGUUGUACGCAAAAUAUUAUUGGAUCAAUGCAUUUGUUCGCCACUCUACAUCAGUAUUUUUUUUCUAACAAUGGGAUUGUUGGAGGACAACACCUGGGAUGAGGUAGCUGAUGAGAUCAAAGACAAAGCUUGGACGCUCUACAAAGCUGAAUGGACCGUCUGGCCAAUCGCCCAGAUGAUAAACUUUUUUUUCGUCGCACCAAAAUAUCGAGUGUUAUAUGAUAAUACUGUUAGCUUGGGGUAUGACGUGUUCACCUCCAGAGUAAAGUACGCAAAGAAGCGGGAUCCACCGAAUAAAGUUUCCAGUGCCAGAGCAUUGGAUAUAUAUAAUGUGUAUAAGAGCCAGAAUAUCCCAAGACCGAGUCCUACAUAAAAAUAUUAAAUAUACACAUUUUCGCAUUAGGCUGACCUUUGACUUUUUGUAUUGGACGUGCAGCCUCAUAUGUAUUCAUUAAAUAACAAAACUAAAAAAGAUUAGACUAAUUCGCACCCCCAUUCACAACGAACCGAUUAGAUUUAACAAUCGAUAACUUUUAUAACUAACUUUGCUAAAAAAGGACUUAAAUAAAACGGACGAAUAUAUAAGGAAGAUAUUGGAGAAAGU